AUGAGUACAAAUUUUGGCACUUCAUAUCUUACUGGGUAUCCAAUCACUGAUGAUGAUAUUAUUUCUGAAACUCAAUCUAAUGAAAUUAAUUCUUCAAUCGAACAAGAACAUAAUCUUGAUGAUAUACGUGAAAAAACUUUGGAAUAUAAUCGACAACAAGUAAAAGGAAUUCAAUUAGCUAAUGCAGGUGCAAAUAAUUUAAAAAUCAUAAAUAGUUAUUCAGUGACAUCAAGUACAUGCAUCAUUAUAUGA